UAUUAAUGUUAGAUAAACAUCGUGAAAGAUGCUCCUGUAACGUUAUCAAGGAUAUUACGUGCAGCCUUUAAAUCCAAUUAACAAAAGAAAAACUUUGUGAAAUGUUUUCGUCCACCCAGUGACCAAAAUAAAAAUGUUUCCAGGUGUCUCUUUGUAACAUCUAUCUGUCAUAACGGCUUCUAAAGGAAGACAAUGCAACAUAUUCACCUCCCAUUCGGAGGUUCUUUAUGGGAGUUAUCUAGUUACCACUGUUGCCCCAUCCUCAGGAGCAGACACAGCCUCUUCACACUCCCAUUUUACAGCAUUAGGCUAUGGAUUCUUCUUGGCAUUUUAACGUUUCCAUGCUGUGUCCAAUGUCAGAUUUUCAAAGUGGGCGUCUUAGGGCCUUGGAACUGUGACCCUUAUUUCUCCAAAGCACUACCUGCUGUUGCAUCCAGACUGGCUGUCAGUCGCAUAAACGAAGAUUUCAGUUUAGAUCUGGGCUGUACGAUGGACUUCGUCAUCCUUCAAGAGGCAUGCGAAACAUCUAAAGCAUUGACUUCAUUUAUACAAUAUGAGAAUGUUGCGGAUGCGUUUGUAGGCCCUACAAAUCCAGGAUAUUGCAAUGCAGCAUCUCUUUUGGCCAAGAACUGGGACAAAGCUAUAUUUUCAUGGGCGUGCAUUAACUAUGAGUUAGACCGGGUCCAGGGCUACCCAACAUUUGUGCGAACUUUACCAUCUCCAACAUGGGUGCUAUAUAGCGUGCUGAAGUACUUCAGAUGGGCUAGCAUAGGCAUCGUUUCUUCUAAUGAGGAUAUAUGGAUUGACACUGCCGCCAAAGUGGCCAAUGCUCUCCGAAACCAGGGGCUUUCUGUUGCCAUUGUUGCGUCCACAGGGAAUAACGACACCAUGAUGGAGAACACACUGUUGAGCAUCCAAAAUGCAGGGCAGAUAAAAGUCAUCAUUAUGUGCAUGCACUCAGCGCUCAUUGGAGGAGAGCAACAAGCAUCUUUCCUGAUGAAGGCGUAUGAUAUGGGCCUGACAAAUGGUCGCUAUGUGUUCUUACCGUACGACACUCUCCUGUACAGCCUGCCGUACAGCAACACCACGUAUUUCCCACUACAAAACAACACCAAACUACGCAAAGCAUAUGACGCUGUACUCACCGUUACCGUGGAGUCAGAUUUGAUGUCAUUCAACGAAGCGUUUAAUAUGGCCAAAUGGCUAGGAGAGCUAACGGUGUCACAAGAGCCACUGCAGGUCUCUCCACUCUUUGGUACUAUCUACAACAGUUUGUACCUCAUUGCGAAGUCCAUGCACAAUGCCAGAAGAGCAGGUAAGUGGCUCUCUGGGACCAAUUUGGCCUUCUUCACGAAGAACAUCACGUUUACUGGGUUCAACCAGAAUAUCCGCACAGACACGCAAGGUAAUGGACAAACCAGCUAUGUGAUCUUGGACACGGAUGGCUGGGGAGCUCAGCUGUAUCGUUGCUUUCAAGUGGACCUGACCUCAGACAGGGUCCUGUUUGCCGGCACACCCAUUAAUUUUCCCGGAGGCUCCCCGCCACCUUCAGAUUCGAGCUGCUGGUUUGACCCCAAUGCUAUCUGCACAGGAGGUGUGGAAAUAAUAUAUGUCGUCAUAGCAUUCGUGAUUGUAUUAAUUUUAGUUCUUGGUUCUGUUGGCCUAACUCUAAUCAUAAGGAGGCGAAUCCAGCAAAUUCAGAUGAUUAAAGGGCCCAACAGAAUCUUACUUACUCUUGAAGACCUAACCUUCAUCAACCCUCAGCUGAGCAAGAGGAAAAUCACCCUUGAGGAUCUUAGCGAUUCAAAAAGUUACAUUGAUGAAAAAAGCACAGGUGGUCGUUCCCGCUCCAUCAACAGUAUGGCAACGGCUACACAUGAAACCUCAAAUGUGGCCGUCUAUGAGGGCGACUGGGUUUGGCUAAAGAAAUUUAAGGAGGGACAUUUCAAGGAGAUUAAACAAAGCACCACAAAAAUCUUUACCAAGAUGAAGGACCUACGAAAUGAAAAUGUCAAUCCAUUUCUGGGAUUCUUCACCGAUUGUGAGAUGUUUGCCAUCGUCACUGAGCACUGUUCUCGGGGGAGUCUACACGACCUCCUUCGUAAUGAAGAUGUCAAACUGGACUGGAUGUUUAAAUCUUCCUUAGUUCUGGAUCUAAUUAAGGGCAUGAAAUAUCUUCAUCACAGGGAUUUUCCUCACGGGCACCUGAAAUCUCGUAAUUGUGUAGUAGAUGGGCGUUUUGUUCUGAAGAUCACAGAUUAUGGUUACAAUGAGGUCCUUGAGAACCAGAAAGCUCCGAAAGAGAACCCGCCUCCAGAGGAUCUCUUCUGGACAGCUCCAGAACUGCUUAGAGAUCCACAAAAUUCGAGGAAAGGAACAUAUAAAGGAGAUGUAUAUGGCUUUUCAAUUAUACUUCAAGAAGUGGUUGUCAGAGGAGGUCCUUACUGCAUGCUCGGCUUGUCUCCUGAAGAGAUAAUAAGGAAGGUGAAGAAACCUCCGCCUAUGUGCAGACCCACAGUAGCUCCAGAUCAAGCUCCAUUGGAAUGUAUUCAGCUUAUGAAGCAGUGCUGGGGUGAACAACCUGACAGAAGACCUUCUUUUGAUGAGAUCUUUGAUCAGUUCAAACUCAUCAACAAAGGCAAAAAGACCAAUAUCAUUGACUCCAUGUUGCGGAUGCUGGAGCAGUACUCCUCUAACCUGGAGGACCUGAUCAGAGAAAGAACAGAGGAGCUGGAGGUGGAGAAGCAGAGGACAGAGAAACUUCUAUCUGAGAUGCUUCCACCUUCUGUGGCAGAAGCUCUGAAAAUCGGCGUCUCCGUGGAGCCAGAGUACUUCGAUCAGGUCACCAUCUACUUCAGUGACAUUGUGGGCUUUACCACCAUCUCCUCCCUCAGUGAUCCAAUCGAGGUUGUAGACCUUCUCAAUGACCUUUACACUCUAUUUGAUGCUGUGCUGGGCAGCCAUGAUGUCUACAAGGUUGAAACCAUUGGAGAUGCUUACAUGGUGGCUUCGGGCCUUCCAAAGAGGAAUGGAAACAAGCAUGCCGCUGAGAUCGCAAAUAUGUCCUUGAACAUUCUCAGCUCCGUAGGCUCCUUCAAGAUGCGGCACAUGCCAGAAGUUCCGGUCAGGAUACGGAUUGGCAUACACUCGGGGUCGUGUGUUGCUGGGGUCGUGGGUCUAACUAUGCCUAGAUACUGCCUUUUUGGAGACACAGUCAACACCGCCUCUCGUAUGGAAUCUACAGGGUUGCCUUAUAGAAUUCACGCGAACAUUAGUACAGUAAACAUUCUCCGGUCACUGAACGACGGGUACAAAAUAGAAGUUAGAGGGAAGACUGAGCUGAAGGGAAAAGGUGUUGAAGAAACUUACUGGCUUGUUGGAAAAUCUAAUUUCACAAAGCCUUUGCCAAAUCCACCAGAGAUCAAACCAGGAGUUAACUGGCAAGACAUGGUGACCGAGGAAAUCAAGUCAAUAUUCCGCAAGGCCAAGAGACAAGUGGACAAGCCCAAAAUCUGAGAAGCAAAACGGUAUUAAAAUUACCCCGAAGGAGAUGACAAGUUGCACUGGAGAGACACAAAGGACAUAACAAGCGUGUGUGUAUCGCUGCAGUUUACAAAGACUAUUUUAAUGAGAUUGGUUGGCGUCUGUAUAAUCCGUCUCUGCCCAGCACAGCAGAAACAACAGCGCUAAUGAAAAAGGAACAGGUUGUUAGUAAAAGUGUCAUUUUUUCACAGGGUCUGUUCCACUUGCUCUUUUUGGGCGCAAAGUGGCCCACUGUGCGUCAUAUACCAAAGGUGUGUUAUCAGAGGGUUUUUUAAAUGUUGUGUUUUUCACACAUGUUACUGUUUGACAAUCAAUUGAUUUUCUUUGAUCUAGUCUGAUCAGAAAACAAGAUAGUGAUAUAAUCAGAUUUGGCAAAGCUUAAUGGACAUCUGCUUCAAAGACCAAAUGCGAUAUCCUGGCAAUGUUGAUGUGAAGGCCAAAUUGGCUGAUGCUGAAAUUUAAAACAUUGUCUGAAAAAUAGAUUAAAAAAAUGUGACUAUUUAUGCCAAUUAGGUUGCUGUUUUACAAAACAAAAUGCAAUUCUGUGAAUUCUAUUAAUUUAUGUGAAAUAUGUUUAUACUCUGCAGAAGUAUGCUUCAUUUUAGUUUUACCUCGCCGUACAUUUACAUAGAUCACAAAGCAAAACUGAUAUCAAAAUGCUUUUCUUGGACAUAAUUCGUCUUUGCUCUCAGUAAU